UGCCGAGUCUCGUUCACUUGGCUGGCUGGCUGGCGUCGGUCUCCCUCGCCUCACGUACUUACUUCUCCUCUUUCUUCUUCGACUCUUCCUCUUCUUUCAUACUUCAACAACAACUCCCUCCUGACCUCGACAAAUCGACGUUUCAACCAUAACACUACAAUUCCUUGGAUGUGCAUCUGAUGCAAUCAUGGAGAGUUUAGUUUCCUCAAGUUCGGAAUCGUUGACUAGCAGGAGCACUGAGAGCAUGGAAAUCGACACUCUGAGUAUAAUGGAAAACUCACCACCAAGGUACGCUCCCCGAACAAUUAUUCCCUGUUACAUCGUGCAAUUUGUGCCGUUUUCAGUAUCAUCAAUCACCAUGACCCCUUCUUGUCAUCAUUUUCGUCACCGCCUCUUUUCUUCAAAAUCAAAACCAUGACUUUUUUCAUCGCAAUCAUUUCAAAUGGUUCUGGGUGGGGCUACAUUCUUCAUUUUUCUGCUGUUCAUAUCUUCCAGUCGCGUUGUCCAACUCCCAUGCCGCCGUCCAUAGCCACGACGCGCAACCACCUAAGCAACACAUGUCCAAAUCUAUUUUCAUUACCUUGCACCAUCCUUAUGGGUCGCUGCACCGCAUUCCUUGAGUCUGACGAUGCUGUCGUAUCCUCCUAUUGCCAUUCGUGUUUUUCCGUGCAAUGCAAUGCAUUGCCACGUAUUGAUUGUUCCUUCUUUUUCUUUUCGAGGUGCCGGUUACUUGUCUUGUUGUUACCUAAGCUUUAAAUGAAACCUUAAGAUUAGCUGCUAAUCCGGAUCCCUCUCAGAUCUGACACACCAUUAAACGAUGCUGGUGACGAUGCACAUAAUCCCCUGAGCACAGACACUGAAAAGAGUAUUAUUGUCACCGCUCCUUCAAUGGAACUUGCCGAUUCACCAAUGAUGAUGAAUGGCCAUGACGAGGAAGAGGAAGAAAUUAUACCGACUUUUCACAAGAGGAAACGCAAUUCAACUAUCAAUUAUGACGACGCUGGCUAUGGCAAGGUCUUGAGAGGCAGUCCUCAUGAUGCACCAACCAAGCGAUCAAAGCCAGGCAAAAAUGUUCGUGGAGUCAUUAUCGGUGUUUGGCGUGACUCUGAUCAGCCUAAUGAUGAGGACAAACAUGUCAUUUACGGUUUCAUCGAUAUUCACGACAGACUUCGUACCAGAAUAUAUGGCAUGAAUCGCCGCGGAGAGGAAGUCGUUGGUAAUGCCCCAACUGGCGCUGGAGGAUGUUGGGUUACUUUUGAAAGAGUGAUUUUUGACAGUCAUCUCGCCACACUUUCGGCUGCAGAAGUCAAGGAAUACGUCAAAAUCAGAUCGGAAACGAAGCCGGAAGCCACCCAAGAAGAGCGAGAUGAAGCUGACGCCAAGGCCGUACUGAAAGCCAAGGCAGCUGUCGCCGAGCAGGAAGCCGCUCCAGGUGUCAAACCAGUAGUUCAUCGCCCCUCUUUAAGUCGCCAAUCACUCAGUCGACAAUCUCUUCCUCGUCAAUCACUCCAUAAGACUCCCAGUUUUCAGGCUGUCAAUGCUGCUGAUCUCCAGACUCCUAAAUCAUCGCCAUUCGCUGAUAACAAACCACAUGGCGUGCUUCUAGGGUUCUGGUCAGAAUCUGAUGAGCCUCGCAAUGAGGAUAAACAUGCUGUUUAUGGUGUUCUCAGUGAAAAUGAUUGUUUCCGGGUCAAAGUUCAGAGAAUCACACGCGAUGGUCGAUAUGUCGAUGGAAACUUCCCAGUCGGUGCAGGAGCUCUGUGGCUGAGUUAUAAGAAGGUUGUCCUCGAGCCACACCUCGCUUCCCUGAGUCGACCUGAGGUCAAGGAGUAUUGUCGGAUUCGUCAACGUGAGCAGGAGAGUAGAGAAACCGACAAGGAGCGGAGAGCCAAUGAAUUAAAAGCAGUCAUGCAGGCUAAGCUCAAUGUUGCCGAAAAGGGUCUGGAUACUUCUGCAGAUGUUCCUGGUAGCCCAGAGCUAGAAAUCCGACAUAGUGCUAGAUCCGAAAACAGGGUAUCAGCCAGACACCAGGCCGAGACCGAAGCUGCGGCUGAGCGCGUUCGGAAGGAGAAGGCUGAAUCUAGGGAGAGACUACACGAGAAGACAAGAAAAGAGGUUGCCCUGGCCGAGGCAGUCCUCCAAGAGAACGCACAGAUGGAGCUCAAGAACAACCUGAAGAAGCUCAAUAAGGUAUGGAUUGCUCAACAGGCUGCACUGACUCCAAGAGCUUCUGUUGCACCAGGUUCUGUCGAAGUGGUUGGUACUGAGGUCAGAUACCACAACGGCAUCAAGUACGAGAGGAAGCAGAACGGUCCAUUCCAAGGGAAACUCGUCAGCCAAGCCCAGAUUCUGAGUAUCGACGGAGAGGAUUAUGUCGAGUAUCGCAUCUUGACCAAGCCAUCAUUCUAGAUCGUUGAUCACCUCAAUUGCGUGGUCAGACUGAUACGUUUGUUCGUUGCAUCCAUUUUGUAUUCUUGUAAGAGUCAUCAUCAUGACUGCUUUACUGUUACGUUUUGCGCUCUACAUGCUCACCGGCGUUCUUUGUAUUCUUGCUUCGUUGUUGCGCUACUUAAUCUUCUCUUGCGCGCAUAAUAUAUCGAGGGAAGACCUUGGGUUGGGACUUUAUUUUUUCGUUAUGCCCAUAUAGCAUAGCGCGGUCGGGCUAUGGUGGCCUAGGAUUAUUUGGACUGCGCGCAUACAGAGAUACUCCUUGAGGUUUAUUGCUAAGAUUUUGUGUAUGUAGGACUUAAUUCCACAACCUUAAUCGUAUUGCUACUAUGGCACAUGGGAGAAAUAUAAGUCACGUGAGUAAAGUCUGUUGUGAAGGUCCUUUUGCCUUACCGUUACCUUUUGUACUUCUAGCUGCAAAUGCCUUGGGGUUACGUGCUGCUUGUUUCCAUGCCUGAGUCCUAAAGUCCUAAAAGGGUUCUAGCACAUAGCUUUGGGAAGUCUGUUGGCUGCUGAGCUUUAUACCUAUCACUCGUCGCUGUUUUUACUUCCCGCCAAUAUCAACACACCACCAUCUCCACACUUGCCGCUUUUUUCUUCAUUCUGUACCUUAAAUUCAUCUGCUCCUAGUAUCUGCCUGAUCUUGAGAGGACCAGAGGCACGCUAAUACUUAGCCUCG